AUGGAUGAACAUAUUUCAUGGCUUGAAGAAUUUAUUCAAGAAGCAUCUGUUAUUCUCAAAGAGUUUACAAAUGAACAACUAGAUAUAAUUCAACAAAUAUUUCAACAAAAUCAAUAUAUUGAUAAUGAUAUAAACAUACUUCUUGCUAAUCAAUUUAAUACUGAACCAAUAUGUAUUCUUCUAUGCUUUGAUUAUUAUCGUUUAAUAGUUCAUGUUGAUAAUCGUCGACGUCGUCAUUUCGCACAUGUUGCUGCUUGA